AUGCAUCUGAGUGCAUCAAAUUCAUCAUCUAUCUACACAAGCCAUCACAGUGCGUUCGAUGAUGAUCAAUCAAUCAAUCGAAAACGUCCUUUAUUGGAUCUUCAAGCACGAGAAAAUAUUCAGAGGAAAAUUAGUAGACAAAAACUUGAUGCAGAGCAACGUAAUGAACAUUCCAACAGUAACCAUACUUUUGAAUCUGUUCAUCCUCACACGACGAAUUCAAUCUCAUCAAGUCUACAGAAUCUUCAUCAUCGACAACAUUCACCACUUGCAUUUCGAUCGUUAUCGUCAGAAUUUGAUACUGCUCUUCGACAUCCAAGCGGUUCACGUUUAUUACACGGUGCUAAUGACGUCAUUUUUGCUGAUGAUCUCAACUAUCAACCAUUUAAUCAGCCACAAACGCGAAAAAUUACGAAAAUUACUCCUAAAGAAAACCUUCCUCUGUCAUAUACUCGUCCGUCUCAACCGCGCGCCACAAGUGCGAUCAACACACUAGCAAAAAAGCCUGAGCCAAAGGAUCGACUCCCAUCACGUGACGAUGCAAAACGAUUGAAAAGUGUUCGUCGACUCGAACCUGCGCAUGUUUCAUCAGGCCCCGGUUCCAAAACCAGUUUAAUCAAUACCAACUCAUGGAAAACUGAUCCUAGCAACAUAAAAAAACCGUCGACGGUGAAAAAACCAAAGACAGAAAUCACUACAAAAGCAGAGGAUAAUGUUCCACCAACGGAUGAACAGUUUACAAAUGAAAUCAAACAGGAAAUAAAGAAACUUAAAAAGCCAAAACGUGAUAAAAGUGCAACGAAAACAAUGACUGAGCGACCACUGGCAAAACCUCAUCCGCCACCUAAGCCGGAGAAGACAAAAGAAGAGAAGAAGAAGGAAAGUGAAAAAAUACAAAAAUAUAUCAAAGAAAAACAGCAAGAACACGAAAAGAAGAUUUUAAACGACAAAGAGCUGAAAAAUGCACAAGAAAAAGAACGAAAAGAGCGAUUGAUAAAAUUGAAUGAACAGAUCAAGAAAGUCGCUCAACAACCCUUGCCAGCUUCUCUAACUAAAAAGUCAUCCACAUCUAACGCAUCGCAAUCAAAAGAUCCAACGGAGCUAACACGCGAACGACUUCUCCAUCUACUAGGUCCGAAACCUGUCAUUGAACUUCCAGUGGAAUCUCGUCAGAAUGCACCUUCUCAGGAAACGGCCAUUCGUGAACGUUCGACGUCAGCAAGUUCAUCAUCAUCAAAAUCAUCAAGUACUGACUCAGUUGUCGAAAUCCAACCGCCAAAAACAAAUGAUCAAACAGUAUUACGUGCACAUUCAGAACCACCAAUUCAAGAUGGUAAUAGUGAUGGUAUUUCACAUCGAAAUCAAAAUCUCUUGCGAUGGGCUUACAAUUUGACGCGUGAUUGUAACGAUAUUGAAACUAAAUUUAAAUUUUUUCGACCUGAUGGCACACAACCAUUUGAUAUUAUUCCUCCUUCUCGAGAACAGCUACAACAUGAUACCGGCAAUCUACGUAUUCAACCACCUAUCAUCAUAAAAAAGAGAGAAGACGAAGACGAAGAAAAACAUGAACCAACAAUCUCAGCGAAACUCUUGCGUCCAUCGGGACGUUUAAGUCAUUUAAAUCAAAAUAAUAUCAACGAAUAUGGAAAUCAGCGUCUGCCAGGUGUCGGCGAUCUGCGUGAUCCAAUACUGGAGCAACGUGUCAAACGUGAUUAUGCUGCUACUAAAAUCCAAUCAACGUAUCGUGGCUAUCAAGUGAGAAAAGCAUUGCAAUGGUCAAAUCAAAAACAACAACGGCUCAAUAGCGAAUUCAACCGACGACCGAGUCGUAAACCAACGAAAGUGUCUUCCUAUCGAUCAGAUAUCUUUGAUUCACCAGGUACAAAUUUUGAUCUUCGAUUUUCCGAUGAUAAGUUUACAAUCGGUUCCACAAUAUUACGUAAACUACAACAAAAUGGAACGAAUAUUCAACCUGCAAAAAAUAAAUUAAUAUCAGAAAGAUAUCAACGACGACAGCCAUUGUCCACUCACUCAUCACCACCUCCACCAUCAUCAUCAACGUCACAAAAAAUACAAAGACCAACCGUUUUACAAACAUAUUCAGACGAUUAUGAAAAUUAUUCAACCACAACUACAUCCACUCCUGCGAGUCCAAGACCAGCACCGGAAAAACCACGAGUUACGCAACAGCCAAUGCCCGCGAGAGAAAGCUUCACUUCUCCGUCUCCAUCUUCAUCAACACCGUCAUCAUCUUCAUUUACUCCUACACAUACACCGGAACCUCCUGUAGCUUCGACUAAUAUACACCGCCGUUCAAUUUCUCCGCCGUUACCACUCCCCAUGUCUCCUGACAGCGGCCGCGCUGUACAUCAGCGUGACUAUCCUAGUCACGUGCUAACACAUGCUCCAUCGUCGACAACCCAUCGAAUUUCGGACGAACGUCGUUAUUCUCCGGACGCACUCGAAAGACAAUUAAAUGCUGAAUUACACUUACUUGAUGGUGUUGAAGCUUCAAUGAAGCAAGUAGAAAACAUGGAACGCCUGAGAUCCGUUGCACUUGCCCAACAAGAAGUUGUCUCACUUGCACAAGUGCUAAGAAACAAACCAAUACCUGAAUCGACUACCCCUUCACAACCAUUACGAAAAUCACCAGCGCAGCGAAGUGUAUCGUCAUCAUCCUCUUCUUCUUCUUCUUCAACGAUAUCCAAUCGCAAACAUCGGCCAUCAUCACCUCAACCGAAAACUUCUACUAGUAAUCCAUCCCGCCAACGACGUGCUCAGUCGUCCACUUCACCAACAUCAUCAUCAUCGGAAUCAAUCUUGCCUACUCGAGAAAAACGUGUACGCCAAAAAUAUCAUAACGAAGCUGAACUACAAGCUUAUGAAGCACGCCUAAAAGAUAUCGAAAAGAAAGUUCGUCAACUCACUAAACGCGCUUUUGAGAGUCUCAAUGCAAAACGUACCCCGACAACAACGACCAGCUCGCAGUCGAAGCCAAAAUCGAGUAAUGAUUCAAGUAUUAGCGAAGAUAUACCUGAUUCACAAAAAUCUACAAGUGUGGUUCAGAAGAAAACCAAUAAUGAUACGAGUGAAAUUCGAACAGAAACAAAUGUAAAAGAUAGUAUUUCGUCAUCAAUAUCGUUUCAACAAGAACAAUCGGGUAAGCCGGAAAGUGUACUGUAUACCGAAACGUAUUCUAUGGAUUUGCCGAUAGACACAGUGACAACGGAUGUUAGUGAUCUCGAGCGCCGCGUGCGUAACUAUCGUGAUCAAUUAAAAGCAAAACGAACUGAACUCGAUAAAUUGAAACAAAAGAAGACCAAAGAAGAACUCAGAGAACAAGAAGAUGAACUAAAAAAGCAACUUCAAACAUUUAAUCAUGAAAUUGAAGUUUUACGCCAUGAACCGCCACGUACUACCAAGGCGUUACAGGAACAGAAGCAGUCCGUUUCUGUACGUAAAGUACCCGUUAAAAGUUCUAGUAGCGUCGAUAGCAGCAGCAGCAGUAGUAGUGCAAGUACUGCUUCCACAGCAACAAAACCACAGGAAUCGAGUAUUGCGGAGGAUUUACCUGUCACAACAACAGCAUCACAAUCAAAAACGGAUCUCGUGGAAAAGCGUAUUGAACCGAAUCGUUCAGUUCCGAAGAAGGAACGCGAUUUCUUUGAUGAUGAUGAUGAUGAUGACGAAGAAAAACAAGAAGAAGCAGCAGCAGUGAAACCUAUGGAAACACCUCGUGAAGAACGAGACACUCAACAUGAUGCUCAAUCAAUCUCGAUUGCUACUGAUUUAGCUGCACUAUCCCAAAGUGAAGAUGAUGAUAGUCACAAACUAAGCACAGACAAUGAAAAACCGAUAUUGAAUUUAAAUAAAAAUCCAGCUCCACUGACAAAAACUCGUCAACCUUCAGAAUCCUCUUCGUCAACAACAACCACCACUUCGGAAACUACUACAUCAAGCAAAAGAUCAUCGAAAAAUCAAGCACAAUCGCAAACAUCCGAACGGAAAGCAUCUUCGACACAUAAUGAUUACGACGAAGAUUUUUCUGAUGUUAGCCAUUCACCUACAACACCAACCAAAGAACCAUUGGCAGAAAACAAAGUGAUUGAUCUUGACUGUGAAUCGAUUCACGAAGAUUUCGAAGAAAAACAAUCGACUCAUGACAUCAAUCGAAGUUUAUCCUCGAAAUCCAGUGGCGAUGAACAAUCGGAAAUUCUUGUUCUCGUGAAAAAAUCUGCUAGUACGACACCACGCAAACAAGAAGACAAAACGCUCGAAGAAGAACUUCCGCCACCUCUUCCCAUUCCUGCGUCUGUGCCUGCUCCUAUAUCAGUCGCACCUGAACCAAAACUUGAGCCCACCAAUAAUGACGAUACAGCACAUGAUAUUAGUGAUGAUGAUGAUGAUGAUGAAGAUAUCAAGGAGCAAGAAAAUCGAGUAGACCAUCUAACGGAUCAGUUCAUUCGUGCAUUCAUCGACGAAGCUAUUGACCAAGGAAGAGAAAUUAAGCGUUUAAAGAAAGAAAUCAAUAAAAACAAGGAUGUGUCUCCAGUUGAACCGUUCGCGGCACCGGAUACACAAGAAUGGCUUAUAGAGAAUGAUGCAAACGAAGAUAAUAAUCAAGAUAGCGUCGAAAUAAAUGAAUUUACACUUGACUUCAGCCAGCUGGAUGAGAAAAAUCCUAAUGAACCGCGUAUCGAAAGUCCACGAAAAAUCGUUGUCGAAGAACCCGUUCAAAUCUAUGUGCCACAUACACGAGAACAAGUGAUCGAUCUAUGUCAUAAAGCAAUGGAAAUUCUAUAUGAUCAGAAUACAGAUUUUUCUGACCGAGAGGCUAUUCAAUGCUAUAUACCUGUCGAAUAUCUUACAAGUGGUCAGCAAGAUUCAGAUAACGAACACGUUCGACUCAAUCGUCGCGCUUAUUGUCGAAUGGUAUUUGAUUUGUGCACGGAAUUGUUGCAUGAAAUGGACACACCGAAUGUUAUCCCAGCUAAAUAUUCCGAUUGGCAGCAUAGCAAACUUGUUUCCAAGCGCUUCUUUCGAGGAAGAAAACCAGCAAGUCGUCACGAAGUCGAACAAUUCAUCCAAACGAAAGUUUUAGAGGUCUUAGGUUUGACUCCUCGUCAAAUAACCUACUCGAAAUGGCGUGUGCCAAAUGAUCAACAUCACAGUAGUGAGAAAUUCGAGACAGUACUCGAUCAAGAGAUACGUCGUGGCGAAUCUCAAUGGAUAGCUUAUGACGAUGAUUGUAUCAAAAUGAAAUUUGAAAUAGCUGAUUUAAUCCUUGAUCAAUUAGUUCAAGAAUCGAUUAGUGAAUGCCUUUCUGUUACAGAAAAGCGUCUAUUUCCGAGCAGUAAUAGUACACGUCUUUAA